AUGCAGUCUUCACUGAGCACCCCAGUGUCCGUGCUCAGGCUGCCCCGGGGCCCUCAUGGACGCAGGGCCCUGCUGAAGCCGGAUACCCAGGAGUCUCGCGAGGUUCAAGAAUCUCGGGAGUCUCAGGAACUGCGGACGGAGCCAGCCUCUAGGAGCUCAAGCAGCCUGUUGGCCGUGGGGGGGGGUCACCAGGUGAGCUUCACAUUGCACGAGAGUGUGCACGUGACUGUCCAUUUUGGAGCCACCGACCUGGGCGUAACCAACUUCUACGUGUCGCAGCUGCAGACUCCCAUAGGUGUGCAAGCCCAGGCGCUGUUGCAACGUAAUGACAUCAUCGCAUAUACUUUCAAGCCCUGA